AGAGAAGGUGAUUUCCCCGGUCAGGCCACAACGAAGAUGUACGUUUUCACUUUCUUCGUAGUCACAUAAUAACCUGACCCACAGUUCAAAUACAUGUUGAAGUGUUGUGAGAUAUAUUUCCCAGCUGGAAACAGGAAGUCACAAACAUAAACAACCAUGUCGCAAGAGGGAUUUCAGUCAGACGCUGUGAAAACCACCGAGGACUCCGGCUUGAACCCAGUGGAAACGCAGAGGAGCAUCCCCGGGAAAACACCGAUACAGAUCCUGCACGAAUAUGGCACCAAAACGGGAAGUCUUCCUGUGUAUGCGAUGGACAAGGCCGAGGGAGAAGCUCACCAGCCCAGCUUCGUCUUCAGCGUGAAGAUCGGAGAUGUGAGCGGCACAGGUCAAGGUUCGAGUAAAAAGUCUGCUAAACACCAGGCCGCAGAGGCUGCCCUGAGUAUUCUGCAAAAAGACAAUGCAGCAGUGAUAAUUUCUGCGAAGUCUGAGAUUAAUGGUGUCGCAGCAGAAACUCCCAAUCCUCCAAACUCAGUGGGGAUACUGCAGGAGCUAGCGUUGCACCGAGGAUGGCGUCUACCUGAAUACUCGGGUGUAACGGAGUCUGGUCCACCACACAAGAGAGAGUUCACUGUGACCUGUCGGCUGGAGUCCCUGUCAGAGAAAGCUGUAGGAAAUUCAAAAAAGGUGGCGAAAAAGGCAGCUGCGGAAAAAAUGUUUGCAAAGCUCCAAACUCUGUCAGGCUGUUCUGAAAUCACAUGGAUGCCUACACCUAGUGUCCGAUUUGAGAACUUGAAGAACUCCUCAUCAGAGAAGAUGUGUUUACUGAGAAGAAACCCUCUGAGCAUACCUAACACCGAUUACAUCCAGAUGAUGUUAGAGCUGUCCAAAGAGCAAGGCUUUGAGGUCACGUACUUCGAUAUUGAUGAGCUGACGGUGAACGGCCAGUACCAGUGUCUGGCAGAGCUGUCCACGUCCCCGGUCACCGUCUGCCACGGCACGGGCAUCUCCUGUAGCAACGCCCACAACGACGCGGCCCACAGCGCCCUCCAGUACAUCAAGAUCAUGGCCUCCUCCAAGUAAACGCCUCCGCGGUCGCAACUGCCUCUUCACCCGCGUUGUCACAUACCGUUUAUGUGCUGAUGUCCAUGUCGUGUUCUUCCUGCUCGAGGUCGAGAUGAGGUCAAGGUUUAUUUUUUUAGAAUAAUAUAUAUCACAAAUCAGAUCAUUGUCCGCAAUAACUUCUAAAUAAGAUCUAAACCAAACAUCCUGUAUUUCACAGGAGGUUCCACAUAUUUAAGGGGACAAGUGAGAACACAACAAUGAAUUUUAUAAAGCACUUCCUCUUGAUGUUUCUACAUGCCUUGGUAUAGCUGUUUUAUUGAUUAUUUAUCCACCAUAUUUAAAAAAUGUUCACAAAGUAUUUAGACUUUUUUUAGUAGAGAUGUUUUUUUUACAUUCCAAUGGAUGUCAUUUAUGUUUUUAUGUGACUUAGAUUUUCCUCUGCAGUGGUGUAUUAAGUUUUAAGCCAGCCAAUAGAAGACCAUGAACUUUAAAUGUAAAGAAAGAUUCUUGCCUUUAGGUUUAACUUAUGAAAGGGAAUUGAUGAUGAGAGAUUAUCCCUUUUCCUUCUGCCGUGCAGUCUACAGUACAGACCCCCCCCACUGUCGUUACCUGGUCGACGCUCACAAAAGAUACAUCUUUAUUUGACUGUCUGCUGUUCCGUUCUCUGCAGUAUGCAUCAUAGAACCUAGACGUAAAACCUGUGAUGUAUUAAUAGUUACUGAUGGUGUCCUCAUCUAUAUGAACAUUGCCGGGAGAAAAAAGCUGCAACAUGUGUAAAAUAUCGAAAUAAAUCCAAACUCUAAACGAUAA